UCUUACUCUUGUCUCUAUGUUCUCUAUGUCUCACUGCAUUAUUACUUCUUCACUUGCUUAGCUAUGAGUACUAACAAAAACAUCACCAUAGAUGAAUUUUCACUUCUUGCAUUCAAAUCCUCUAUUACCUUAGACCCUUAUCACAAGCUUAGUAAUAAUUGGUCAAUCUCCUCUUCUACUUCUUUCUCAUCAUGUAAUUGGGUUGGUGUCACUUGUGAUGAGCAUCAUGGAAGAGUAAAGGCAUUGAAUCUUAGUAAUAUGGGACUUGAAGGUACAAUUUCCUCUCAAUUGGGAAAUCUCUCUUUCCUUGUUAUUCUUGACCUACAAGGCAAUAGUUUCCAUGGUGAGUUUCCACAAGAGUUACUUCAUCUGCAGAGACUGAAGAGAUUAGACUUGAGCUACAAUGAUUUUGUUGGAGAAAUUCCUCAAUCUCCAACUUGUCAAUGUUAGAGUACCUAGAUUUAAGAUCAAAUCUCAUCAAAGGAUUCAUACCAACAACAAUUUCCAACAUGUCUACACUUGAAGAAAUCCAUUUAGCUAGAAACUCCUUAUCAGGUGAAAUUCCAAAAGGAAUUGGUGAUCUUACACACUUGACAAUGUUGAACCUUCAAUUUAAUCUACUCUUCGGCAACAUAAAAUCAACAUUAAUGUUCAACAGCUCAUCUUUGCAAUAUUUGGCACUUGGUUUUAAUAACCUGACUGGUAUUCUUCCAUCAAAUAUUUGUCAAGGGUUUCCAAAUCUUAAAUUACUCUAUCUUUAUCAUAAUGAUUUUUCUGGUAAAAUUCCAAAUAUUUGGCGUUAUUGCAAAGAGUUGGAAGAUUUAGAGCUAUCCUUCAAUAAUUUUGAUAAAGGACGUAUUCCAUCUGAGAUUGGAAACUUGACCAAGCUUCGGUAUUUGUAUCUUCCUAGCAACAACUUGGAGGGUGAAAUUCCAUUCUCCCUCUUCAAUAUCACUUCUUUGAGAGAUAUCAACUUUGACAAAAACAAUUUAAAUGGAAACCUCCCACCAGAGAUGUGUCAACAACUUCCUCAACUUCAAAUAUUUACUAUAAUGUUUAAUCAUUUUGGAGGAAGCAUUCCAAGAUCAAUUGGCAAUUGCACAUCACUACUAAUGUUAGGUCUACAACAAAACUUUUUUACAGGUAUACAGGCCACAAUUUUUAUUUUUUUUGAAUAAAAGAUGCUUAUAGCAUUUCAUUAAUAAUAAUAGUUUCAAUACAAAGAGGGAUUUCAUAAUAAAUAUGGGGACUAGCUAAGGAAGUGGCUUCUCUUGCUAAGGCAUGAGCUGCCGCAUUCGCUUGUUGCCGGAUAAACUCGACCCUAGAGUUUGUAAAAGAUGUGGAGAACAAAUCUCGACACGCAUCAAUAAUACUACCAAAUUCUGAAACAUCCGUCUUGCGGGAAUGGAAUGCAUCUCUCGUGAUUUUGGAAUCAAGCUCAAAAUCGAUGUUAUCAAACAGAUAUCUUUCAUCCAGUGGAUAGCAUGAUAAAGGCCCAAUGCUUCACCUAUUGUGACUGGAUAAAUAUGAUCAAACUGUUGCACCUUAGCCAGCAUAAAGGUUCCUGCGUCAUCUCGAACACAAACCCCUAUACCUGUCUGAAAAAGCCGCGUCUACGUUGCAUUUGAACCUGCCAUUACUUGGAGGCUGCCACUGCGGGAUAGCAGGUCCUAUAAGAGGGCUUUACUGCUGCACAGCCAGCUACACAGACACGACAGAAUGUUGAGCAGACUGCUGCACAGACGCAGCAGAAUGCAGCUGCUGAUUGCCUAUCUGCUGCAGGUCAGUUGGCCUCGAAACAUUGGCCUCCUACCAAUCAUCCACUGACUGUCGAGCUCUAUCAACAACUUGCAUUCUAUUCUCCGUUACCUCUUCCCAAAUUUUGAGAUUCUGAUGCUUCUGUAAACUCCAACAAAUAGCAGCAAAACGUUGUUGAAUAUCCAUAGACGAGUUUUGGAGUAAAUAGAAAACUGUGUUGACAGCAGAGUCCGAAUUCAUGGCCGCAUUUUGCACAUCCUGCCACAUACCAGCUGACAUCCAAACUUGAAUAGAAAACGGGCACUCGAAUAGAUGGUGGUUGAGAUCCUCAUACUCAUAACUACAGCUAACACAAUUCUUCGGACAAGACACUCUCUAGUAGGCAAACAUCCCCUACACAUACGCCAAACUAAGUGUUUAACCUUCGGGGGGAUCUUAAGGCGCCAAAUGUCUCGCCAAUUACCUGGACAAUGGAGGUGGGAAACAUCAACCAGCUCUUCAACAAUUUUAUAUUUUUAUUUUUAUUUAAAAAGCCUAAUGCAAAACUAACAUGCACAAAUUAUCAGAUAUUGUUUAUUUAUAUAACUUAGGAUAUAGUUUUAAAUACAUAGAU